ACAUUUCUAUGCAAAUGGUAUUAAAAGUGUUUUCUUUUUUCUUUCCCUUUCUAAAUUGACUUUUUUGAACUGUCUGUUGGUAAGUUCUUAAUGAGACGUGAGGUUAAUUCAAUCAGUAAAUACAGAAAUUAUUAGUUGAAUUCAUUCGUGUGGAACAAUCUGAAUAGAAUAUUGAUUGCCAUUCGUUCGUUAAAUUCUUCUUAUAACAAAACUAAAUCAUCAGAGGUUGAAAUAUAUCUGCUUUGUUUUAUAGUUAAAUAACUCCAUCUUUUGAAUCAUCUAUUAGUUUAUUAAUAACAUAUUGUAAAAAGUCUCCUGCCGUGAAGAUAUAUAAAUUCCACGGUUGAGGUUUCCUCUCCCAUCAGUUGCUAUCUAACCACUGAUAGAAGGCGGAGCAGUAGAAAUUAAAAUAAACUUUUUCACGAAUACACAGAAGAAGAAAUCAACUGAAAGUAAGAUUUACGAAAUUUUAUAUACCGAAGAGAGAAGAAAUUUGUGAAUUGUACGUUUUCUGUUGACUCGUGUUUCGACGUUAUCACGUGAUCGCGGGUUAAGUGUUAAUCUUGAACACGCAAAACUUUUUAAAUAAAACACAGUUGCCAUUUUAUUUAUACAAAAUAACAUCGAGGAAUUAUCUCUUCGACUUGAUAAAUUAGCAAAAGUUUAACGAAAAAUAAAUCUUGAUGAAGCUUGAUAUGUCGUCGAUGAGUCCGUCAUUACAAAGACAAUUCAGCAUAUCGCCGACACCUACAGUUAAAAGUGAGGUAAUGCCAAGUAAAAAGCCGACCUUUUUCUCAAUUGAUCAAAUUUUGGGCAAACAUGACGCAGAAGGUUCAGACGACGAAGUCUUUGUGAACGAAUAUAACGAUGAUGACAGCUAUGACGGCGACAAAAGUGACGUUAAUAUUGACGGCGCCGAUAUUGAAAUGUCUAGUGAACUAGAUGAGAAUAAUAACGAAAUUGAAAAAAUCUCAAACGACAAGAAGGAUAAUAAAAACGACAAACAAACUCCAUCAUACACAGCAAUUAUUGCACAAGCCAUCUUAAGCUCCUCAGAUAGAAAGCUUCCUCUUGGAUGUAUUUACGAAUAUAUAGCAGAACACUUCCCAGAGUUUCUAAAAAAGGGACAAGGGUGGCGAAACUGUGUGCGACAUAAUUUAUCGUUAAGUGAAUGUUUCAUAAAAGCUGGUCGCGCCAGAAAUGGAAGAGGAAAUUACUGGGGUAUUCAUCCUCGAUAUAUUAAAAAUUUCUCUAAAGGUGACUUUCGAAAAAGAAGAGCUAGCCAUCGUCCAAGAAAUCGGGACCUUACACUUGGGUAUGGCAUCGGUCGAUUUUAUCCUCAUUAUUAUAAUCCGUAUCUUACGACGCAUGCGUACAACAAAUCCCUUCUCACAACUCACCGACCUGGAUUUUCUGUCGACAAUAUUUUAUCUAAAGAACAUCGUCAAGAAUCAACACCACCAAUCCUAUCAAGCCACAAAUUUCGUGAAGCAAGCCCGCAUAUCGGAAGGAGCUCAUCGUUUCGUUUAUACUCUCCACCUGUGUUAUCUUCAGUCGUACCAGCGUCGUACUUAGAACAUUAUAAUUACAGAUCCUACGAUCAUGGACACACAACGGCAGAGUGCUCAUGUCAAAGUCACAAAUUUCAAACUCCAAGAAAUUAAUUUUUUGUUAAAAUUUAGUUUUCUUCGCUUAAAUUUUAGAUAUGGGAAGCAUUUUAGUCAAAAUGCCAAAUAACUUUCCAUAUUAUUGACAGUUCUUUCAAGAGCCACUUGCUCCGAAACACAAACAUGUUCCCUCAAAACAAACACAUCGUGCUCGCUACAAAUGGCGUGUUACAUAGAACACAUUAAGAAGGCACUUUCCUUCGACAGUUAGCCUAUUUAAAAAUAUAUAAGAAUCUAAAAGAGAAUUUUAUUUUUUGUAUUAAUAUAGUUCAAAUUUACGUAAGCGAAAGUAAUUUAAAGACGGUGUUUAUAUACUAUGUAUAUAUAUAUGUGCAUCAACCGACCUGUAUUUAUGUGUAUAUAAUUGUGUUGCCUUGUAUAAUAUAGAAACCAAAAUUAGAUUUUGUAAGAAUAAAAUUUAUAGUACAUUAA